AUGAAAUUCUUCCUUGCCAUUUUCGCUGUGCUUGCGCUGGCCGCAGCCCAAGAAGAAGAAGGUAGCAAGUACACCUCCAAAUUCGAUACCAUCAAUGUGGACGAUAUCCUGGCAUCGGAUCGACUGUUCCGGAACUACUAUCUGUGCAUGAUGGAUGAGGGACGCUGCACGCCGGAAGGCAACGAGCUGAAACGAAUCCUGCCGGAAGCUCUGGAGACCAACUGUGCCAAGUGCAGUGAAAAUCAACGCGCCACUGCCAUCCGGGUUUUCGAAUCCCUCAGCCAGAAUCGGCCCGUCGAGUGGAAAGCCCUGCGGGAACGUUACGAUCCGGAGGGAAAAUAUAUCGAACAGUACCGCGAAGAAAUCGAGAAGAACGGAAUCAAGGUGUAA